CCCAACACCGACCAGGUCACAGGCAAAGUGCGCAUUGCCUUAACUCCCAACCAACACAGUGCAAAAAUGCAACCGACAUUUCUGACGCUCCCUCGUCCCCAUCACUGAAACGUGUCGCUCCCCAUCGAAUCUUUCCGAUCCCCCCCCCGGGAAAAAUCCCAUUAUUCUUUGUUCCUCUUCUUCGGUUGCAAAUGCAAAGCGACCCGAAGGAGAAAAGGAGAGGAGGCGCAGAGAGUCCGCGUUUAUUUAUUCUCUGUUCCUGGGCGAACGGUCCGGGAGUUGAAUUGUCCUCCUCUUCUUCUCCCACUGUCUCGCCCAGUUCGGUGGCCUGAAAUUCUCGGCGUAAAUUUCGCUGUCUGCAAGUGGGGAGUCCACUUCGUUCCACGGAAUAAGUAAAUGAAUUGUAAUGGAGAAAGAACCGAGGGGCUUGAGAGUCACUCUUAACUUUGCUUGCGAUCGAGAAAAGAUGAGAACAACCCGCAGAGGUUGAUCGAGUUGAUGGGUACCCGAGAGUUGUCUUUCUUGAAAGCCCAAGUGAAUUUGUUUGGUAGAGGAUUGCUCAACCCGUUCCUGCGCGGAAACAUGUCCGGGGUCGUGGCCUCUUUCUGGGUCUUGCUCUCCAACUUCUUGCUCUUCGUCUUUGGAUCAGUGGGCGGAUACAUCUCCAGAUUUCAAGCAGCUGAAAAGUCCGAGAAGAACGAAGAAAGUUCCUGUUUUGCUGGUUCACAGGAAGACGAUGGGAUGGAUUCGGAGAGUGGAGAGAUUGAAAACAGAGAGCACAAUGAAAAUGUUAUUGGAAGUGAUGGAGACGAAGAGGGCUCUGUUCUUGUGGAAACUGCGUCGAGCAUGUAUCAGUUCUGUACUGGGAGAGACAUCAGCGGAUUUGUGGAGCAACCAGAAAUCAUGAGUUUCGCUGUCCAAGAGGUGCAUGUGGAUUCAAGCGAUGAUUACACAAUCCUUAGUAAAGAUAUUGAUGCUGGAAAUUGUGGCAGCAAAGAGUUUGGUGAAGAGGAGACUGAAGUUCAAGAGCAAAUAGAGGAUUCUCUUGAGAAAUAUGGCUCUGUUCAAAGCAACGCAAUGGAUGAAGUCCUUGGUGACAAGGUAAGGGAACAAUUGAUGGAUCACCAGCUUACCGGAAAGGCAGAGGUUCUUGAAUCAGAAGAUGAUUUUUUGGAUGACGAUGCUUUUCUCGAUGAAGAGGAAAUGAUUUUGGAUGAUAUCUCGUCUCAAGCUGAUCAAGUUGAUCCAGAGUUAGAAUCGGUUUGCUCAGAUGAUGGAAUUGCUUUUGGGGCUGAUUCAGCCAAUACUUUCGAUGACCGUGGACAACAGCACUUGGAAAAUUCCGAGGUCGACGCUGCCGUAGACUUGAAUGGAGAUGGAAGAAUUCCAAGUUCCGAAGAAGAUGAAAUGCUCAGUGAAACUACAUUAGACGCAGAAGCAGCCUUCGUUGCAGAUCAACCUAGUGAUAGUGAAACGGAAUCUGAUGAGGACUACAUAGAAGUUAAGUUGCAGAAAACGAAUUUCUCCAACAUGAAUGGGUUGUCCUGCAAAAAUUCAGUCGAGGACAAUCACAAAGGGGAGGAUCCGGCAUAUGACGACAUGGAACCAACAACGGCUAAUUCAGAAAAUUCCCCAGAACUUGGGCAUUUUCCAGGGAAUUUAUCAGCUUCGGAUUCCGAUGAUAACUGGGACUGGGGGCAUGAUGACAUAGUAGAGCAGCUAAAGAUGGAGCUUAAAAAUGUCAGGACCGGAGGACUACCCACGAUCUUAGAAGAGUCCGAGACGGAGUCUCCAACGAUGGUGGGGGACGACGAUCUCAAGCUGAAGCCGCUGAAGAUCGAUCAGAAGCUGGAGCCCAAAGAUCUGCUUCAGGAGAUUCAGAAAGUGUACAAGAGCUAUGCCGAGAAAAUACGGAAAUUGGACAUCUUGAACUACCAGACUCUACAUGCUAUCGGGCUACUCCAACUGAAAGAUCCGCUCAACUCGAAUACGAACCGUAAAGCCCUCUUCUUGCAGAACUGGACAAACAGAUUGAGGAGGCCCAAGGUCGACUCCAUGGCGGAGUCCAUGGUCGCGUUACACGGCGACCUCGAGAUGGUUUAUGUAGGACACGCUUGCCUCUCGUGGGGGAUCCUUCAGUGGCAGUACGGGAAAGCCCGGGAGUUGAGAGAGUUUGAUCACGGAGGGUUUCGCCGUUACAAUCAAGUAGCAGGUGAGUUCCAACUGCUCCGAGUGCUUCUCCAGAGAUUUAUAGAGGACGAGCCAUUUCAAGGGCCGAGGAUCGAGUAUUACGUCAAGAACAGAUGCGUCCUGCGUGGCCUCCUCCAGGUGCCAGCCAUAAGAGAGGACAGCUCCAGGGAUAACAAGGGAAAAGCGGCUGAGGAGGAUGCGGUCUCAAUCGAGACACUGGUAGAGAUCAUAGAGGAAUCUAUGCGAGUAUUUUGGGACUUCAUCCGUGCCGACAGAUAUGAACCCGAUGGAGGUUUAAAGCAAAGUCAGCUCGACCAACAGGACUCGGCUGAUUCGGUACUUAUGACAGCUCUCAGGACUCUACUCCAAAAGAAGGAAAGAAGGCUCAAGGACAUAGUGAGGAGCGGGAACUGCAUAGUGAAGAGGUUCCAAAAGCCUCGGGACCGGCUGGAUCCCUCGAUUCUGUUCGCUCAGGUCGAACUGAGACUGGUGUCGAGAGUUCUGAGCAUGCGGAGGGUUGCGAGAGAUCAGUUAGCGUGGUGUGGUGAUAAGUUGGACAGGAUCGACAUCAUUAGCAGGAAGAUCUACGUGGAACCGUCUUUUUUGCUCUUCCCCUGUUGAGAGAGGAGGGCGACGUUUUUGCCGCGAGGGUUUCGGUCGCAGACCGGUGACAUUCUACAGAAAAAAAAAGAACAGGAUUAGGAACAUAGGGUGGGACUAGAUUGCUGUGUUGCUGGUAGCUAUUUUGUGUACCAUCAGGAUGUAUUUUGCACGGUCCCUGGGUUGCACACAUGCAUCUUUCUCACACUCGUGUAAUAGUUAGUGAUGUAUGUAGAAAUAAUGAUAAAGAUGCCAAAUCCAAUGUACAAAGAUGGAAGGGAGAGGGUGGUGCUGUGAUGAG